CUCCAGUUCUUCCCCGCCUCUCAACCGUGCAAACGACCUCUGCUGCUCGGCGUCUUUCUCCCCACUCUCCAGGGCUUUGUUUGCUCCUGCUGCUUCACCUCUGCAACUCGCACGGCACCGAGAGACUAAUCAAACAAAAUGGCCAUGAUUCUCGCUUACUGGGAUAUUCGCGGGCUUGCCCAGCCCAUCCGCCUCCUGCUGGAGUACACGGGCACCAAGUACGAGGACAAGUUUUACGUCUGCGGUGAAGCUCCAGACUAUGACAAAACCUGCUGGUUUGGCGAGAAAGAAAAACUUGGAAUUGACUUCCCCAAUCUGCCCUACCUGGUGGACGGAGACCGGAAGAUAACGCAGAGCAAUGCCAUUAUGAGAUACAUCGCUCGCAAGCACAAUAUGUGCGGAGAGACUGAGGACGAAAAGGUCAGAGUGGACGUGGUGGAGAACCAGGCCAUGGACUUCAGAAACGGCUUUGUGAGGAUGUGCUACACUGACCUGGACAACAUAAAGCCGGGGUACCUCAAGUCACUGGUGGGGACGCUGAAACAGUUCUCUGACUUCCUGGGAGACAGGAAGUGGUUUGCUGGCGAUAAGAUCACCUUUGUGGACUUCACCAUGUAUGAGCUGCUGGAUCAACACAGGAUGUUUCAUCCUUCUUGCUUGGACGACUUCAAGAACCUCAAAGAUUUUCUAGACCGCUUUGAGGCUCUGGAGAAAAUUGCUGCCUACAUGAAGUCCAGCAGAUUCAUGAAGACUCCCGUCAACAACAAGAUGGCCAAGUGGGGACACAAGAAGGAGUGAAGACUAAACUGACCUUUGCCUUUAGAAAUACAAAGUGCUUUCCACAAGUGCAACUUACUCGAGAAACUUUAAAUUCAGGAGUAAAUUUAGCAUCUUUUGUUUGUAGUUCAUGAAGGCUUCGUAUCCUUUAAUACCAGUCUGGUCAAAGUUGUACACAAGAAAUAUCAGAAUACUUUUCCUAAUAGUUUAGGUUUCAAAAAAAAAAAAAACAAACAGCUUUAUACUGUUGUUUAUGAUGAAAAUGAAAUUUUUAAUUUCAAUCAAAACACUUUGUUAUUUUUUGACAGAUUAAACAGAAUCUCACUUCA